AAGGCUGCGAAUAAAACGAAAUCUCCUAUAAUUAAAAGUCUAAUAUCUAUCCAAUUUAAAAAAAAACGAUGCAAUUGCAAUGCCUUUAUUUAAGUUUAAAAAAUCCGGGCUAAACUAUUCACCAGCAUGGCGCUCCUAGGGUCCCUAAAAUUAUGGGUUGCACGAAAAAUUCAAAAAGCAGGUGGUGAGUUGUUGUUUAUCCGCGGUCCCCGACGUGUUCUUUUGUUAAAUGUCUUGUAUCCUGAAAAACUUUCUCUGAAAGCGUCCUGCCAAUACCGAGACUCUCCCAAAAUCGUGGAGAAUGGAGGCCGACGGUUGCUAUCUGUCAUGCACAGCAGUCGCUGAGUGGACAAACGCUCAGGGGCUAACGACCCGCAAGGUUAGCUACAGAUCAGCCCAGCUUCGCUUGAUUCGGAACAAUCUUCGUCAGAUGCUCAUUGAGAUUCGGGCUGACAAGGCAAAUACAACGAUUAAACUUGUUCUCAAAGGCAUAAACGUUUUGAAUCGUUUCAUGAGUGAGGGUAAAUCGACCAUUAAAUUCGCUGAGGAACGAUGUACCCUGUUUCUGUCAAAUGCUCCAGCAGCCCAGCUUAUCACCUUCCUCAAGACAAUAUUCGUGAAGAUGACUGGCCAGCCGGAGGGGGGGAAGCAAAAGUCGAAGAAUCCUCUGAGGGAGCAGUUGUUGUCCAAUGGUAAACUGGGGGGAAUUCAGGACAUUAGUCCUGCUACCAACGCUGAGCUGGACCUGGCCAAGGAAAAAGCCCUACUAGUCGCUGCCUCCAGAAAGACUGUCACAACUCCCUCCCCGAGCACGAUCAGGAAGAGGAAAUUGACAGAUUCCAAUACUCCGAAAGUACCUAUAGCUAAGAAACUUUAUGCCAAUCCAACUGCUGUGCCACUAACUGACGAGCAGAAGACUGUGCUGGAGGCUGUUCUCAGGGGGAAGAACAUAUUCUUCACUGGGAGCGCUGGCACUGGUAAAUCCUUCCUCCUAAAAAGAAUAAUCUCCGAGCUUCCGCCAGACGCAACUACAGCCACCGCAAGUACCGGAGUAGCUGCCUGCCACAUCGGGGGAAUAACCCUCCACCAGUUCUCCGGAAUCGGUUUGGGAACCGGGACUAUUGAGAGAUGCUGUCAAAUGGCAUCAAAACCAGCAUGCGCAACAGUGUGGAGACGCACAAAGUACCUCAUCAUCGACGAGAUAUCGAUGGUAGACGGCGAGUACUUCGAGAAGAUUGAGGCCGUUGCCCGACACGUCAGGAAAAACGAUCGUCCCUUUGGGGGGAUCCAACUGAUCCUGUGUGGUGAUUUCUUCCAGCUACCUCCAGUCAACAAGAUGAGCGAAACCAAAAAGUUUUGCUUUCAGAGCAAAGCCUGGGAGAAGUGUGUUCACUUGAAUUUUGAACUCCAGAUAGUCCACCGUCAAAAAGAUCCGAAAUUCAUCAAGAUACUCAAUAGCUUAAGGAUUGGCAGGAUUACAGACGAGAUUACGACCAUGUUAAAGUCAACUUCUAGCCAGAAAAUUGAGAAGAAUGGAAUUUUAGCAACGAGAUUGUGCUCCCAUGUCAAUGAAGCCAAUGAUAUUAACGAAUCGCAAUUAGCGAAUUUGAAAGGCACACCCAAGACGUACGUCGCUAACGAUUCAGAUCCGGGAAUGACUAAAACUCUCGACCAGCAGUUGCCAGUUCCAGGAAAAUUAACGCUGAAAGUUGGAGCCCAGGUGAUGCUCCUUAAGAACAUCAAUAUCAGCAAUGGACUGGUAAAUGGAGCCAGGGGUGUAGUUGUGAGGUUCGAGGAUGAAACACCUGUUAUUCAGUUCAGGAGUGGGGAGAUUUAUCAUGCUACAUUCGAGAAGUGGAGCGUCAGGACAACGUCGGGUAACGUCAUCCGUAGAAAACAGAUACCCCUGAAGCUUGCCUGGGCGUUCUCUAUUCACAAGAGUCAGGGAUUGACUUUGGACUGCGUGGAAAUGAGCCUCGCCAAAGUUUUCGAUGCUGGACAGGCGUACGUGGCAUUAUCCAGGGCUCAGAGUCUGGACUCUCUCAGGGUUCUGGAUUUCAGUGGAAGGCAGGUAUGGGCUAAUACCAGUGUACUAGAGUUUUAUAGGAAUUUUAGACGACAUCUCCAUGACAUAGAAUUUAUUCCACUUGGGAAAAAGUCACAGGAAAAGUGAAUAAAUU